UCGGCCCCGCGGCCUGGCCGGCAAGCAGGGCUGCAGUCACGUGGCGGCGCGGAGGGCCCCAGCCCGGUCAGGGGUGUGGCCGCCGCCACCGUAAGGCUAGGCGGCGAGCUUAGUCCUGGGAGCCGCCUCCGUCGCCGCCGUCAGAGCCGCCCUAUCAGGAGUUUCCCUACACAAGCUCUUUGCCUGCUGCCAUCCAUGUAAGACCUGACUUGCUCCUCCUUCCUUUCCACCAUUAUUAUGAGGCCUCCCAGCCCUGUGUAACUGCUCAUAGGUGAAAAGGACUUGCCUUCACUAAGAUGAAACUUUGGACUAUGGAAUUUUGGAUUAUCUUAACAAGAAAACCAACUGGAAAAAAAAUGAAAUUCCUUAUCUUCGCAUUUUUUGGUGGUGUUCACCUUUUAUCCCUGUGCUCUGGGAAAGCUAUAUACAAGAAUGGCAUCUCUAAGAGGACUUUUGAAGAAGUAAAAGAAGAAAUAGCCAGCUAUGGAGAUGUUGCUAAAGCAAUCAUCAACCUAGCUGUUUAUGGUAAAGCCCAGAACAGAUCCUAUGAGCGAUUGGCACUUCUGGUUGAUACUGUUGGACACAGACUGAGUGGCUCCAAAAACCUAGAAAAAGCCAUCCAAAUUAUGUACCAAAACCUGCAGCAAGAUGGGCUGGAGAAUGUUCACCUGGAGCCAGUGAGAAUCCCCCACUGGGAGAGGGGAGAAGAAUCAGCUGUGAUGCUGGAGCCAAGAAUUCAUAAGAUAGCCAUCCUGGGUCUUGGCAGCAGCAUUGGGACUCCUCCAGAAGGCAUUACAGCAGAAGUUCUGGUGGUGACCUGUUUCGAUGAACUGCAGAGAAGGGCCUCAGAAGCAAGAGGGAAGAUUGUUGUUUAUAACCAACCUUACAUCAACUACUCGAGGACGGUGCAAUACCGAACGCAGGGGGCGGUGGAAGCUGCCAAGGUGGGGGCUUUGGCAUCUCUCAUUCGAUCCGUGGCCUCCUUCUCCAUCUACAGUCCUCACACAGGUAUUCAGGAAUACCAGGACGGCGUGCCCAAGAUUCCAACAGCCUGUAUUACGGUGGAAGAUGCAGAAAUGAUGUCAAGAAUGGCUUCUCAUGGGAUCAAAAUUGUCAUUCAGCUAAAGAUGGGGGCAAAGACCUACCCAGAUACUGAUUCCUUCAACACUGUAGCAGAGAUCACUGGGAGCAAAUAUCCAGAACAGGUUGUACUGGUCAGUGGACAUCUGGACAGCUGGGAUGUUGGGCAGGGUGCCAUGGAUGAUGGCGGUGGAGCCUUUAUAUCAUGGGAAGCACUCUCACUUAUUAAAGAUCUUGGGCUGCGUCCAAAGAGGACUCUGCGGCUGGUGCUCUGGACUGCAGAAGAACAAGGUGGAGUUGGUGCCUUCCAGUAUUAUCAGUUACACAAGGUAAAUAUUUCCAACUACAGUCUGGUGAUGGAGUCUGACGCGGGAACCUUCCUACCCACUGGGCUGCAAUUCACUGGCAGUGAAAAGGCCAGGGCCAUCAUGGAGGAGGUUAUGAGCCUGCUGCAGCCCCUCAAUAUCACUCAGGUCCUGAGCCAUGGAGAAGGGACAGACAUCAACUUUUGGAUCCAAGCUGGAGUGCCUGGUACUUCUGCAUAACUACCCAGUAGAGAAGGAUCCUUUCACAAGAGGUGUGGGAAAACGAUACUACAAGGCUGCAGUAACCAAAAUGGCAAGUUACGGGUACAAAAACAGACACAUAGGCCAAUGGAACAGGUUAGAGAAGCCAGAAAUAAAGCCACACACCUACAACCAUCUGAUCUUUGGCAAAGCCAACAGUAAAAAACAAUGGGGAAAGGACUCCCAAUUCAAUAAAUGCUGCUGGGAUAACUGACUAGCCAUAUGCAGAAGAUUGAAACUGGACUCCUUCCUCUCACCAUACAUAAAAAUCAACCCAAGAUUGAUUGAAGACUUAAAUGUAAAACCUAAAAUUAUAAAAAUCCUACAAGAAAACCUUGGAAAUAACAUUCUGGACAUUGGCCCUGGCAAAGACUUCAUGAUGAAGACUCCAAAAGCAAUUGUAACAAAAACAAAAAUCGACAAGUGGGACCUAAUUAAAGAGUUUCUGCACAGUAAAAGAAACUAUCAACAGAGUAAAUAGACAACCUACAGAAUGGGAGAAAAUAUUUGCAAACUACGUAUCUGACAAAGGUCUAAUAUCUAGAAUCUAUAAGGAACUUAAGCAAUUCAACAAACUAAAAACAAACAAUCCCAUUAAAAAAUGGGCAAAAGACAUGAACAGACACUUCUCAAACGAAGACAGACAAGCAGCCAACAAACAUAUGAAAAAAUGCUCAACAUCAUUAAUCAUCAGAGAAAUGCAAAUCAAAACCACAAUGAGAUACCGUCUCACACCAGUCAGAGUGGCUAUUACUACAAUGUCAAAAAAUAACAGAUGCUGGCAAAGUUGCAGAGAAAAAAGAACACUUACACACUGCUGGUGGGAAUGUAAAUUAGUUCAGCCACUGUGGAAAGUACUUUUGGAGAUUUUUCAAAGAACUUAAAACAGGACCUACCAUUUGACCCAGCAAAUGCUGUGUGUAUACUCAGAGGAACAUAAAUUGUUCUACCAUAAAGACACAUGCUCACAUAUUUUCAUCGCAGCACUAUUCACAAUAGCAAAACACAGAAUUAACCCAAAUGCCUUUCAAUGGUAGAGUGGAUAAAGAAAAUACAUUCAUUACCUGGGUGACAAAAUAAUUUGUACACCAAACCCCAAUGACACACAAUUUACCCAUGUAACGAACCUGCACAUGUACCCCCUAAACCAAAAAUAAAAGUUGGAUAGAAAAAAGAAAGAGGUGUGAGAAAAGACCCCACUGUGACACAUAAGUGGCAUAGAUAACAGUGGAGAUUCACUCACAUUUGAUGCGUUAUUACCUAGACAAGGAGGACAAUGGCCCCUCUUCCUUUCUGUAUUCUUUGUAAAGAGUAGGCCUUCUGAGAGGUUAAACCACCAAUCAGAAUUUGAAAUCUUUAAAGUAAUCAAUUUACCUGCUAUUCAUUUGCCUUCUACUUUAAAUCUAAAGUUUUGUCACAGCCAAUAUUUAGUCUCUGACAUCACUGGGAUCAGAAUGGAGAUACUAGAAUCUGUUUUGUGGUAUCCUAAAUUCACUGAAUUAGUAUUUAUUGUAGGACUCCCAUAGGGUGUGAGUCUUUACAAAUAAAGGUAGGGAAUGCCCUUUAUUUGUAAGGGCAAAUAAGUUCCUCCUUCUCUUGUCAAGGGGAUGUGAAAAUCUCCUUGCACAUUUUUUCUUUUCUUUUUUUCUCUUUGCAGAAUGAGUGUUCUGAGAAGAACAAAACUCUUUUCUGACAACUCUUAUAAAACACUUUUGUGUUUGAUUCUCCAACGACUAAGAUUUGGACACACAAUUCUCCAUUCAUUUCUCAAGUGUCAAGAGAGAAUUGAGUUUAAAGGCUCCAGUUCCCUUGCAGGUUACACUGUCUAUCUAGAUGAAUUAGUAUUCAGCACAGCUUUGGGAAAAUCUCAAAUGAUUUGCAGGUUUGCAAAUUGUUCAAACUCAUAAUGAAAUUUCAGGCUGAGGAAAUCACUAAACAGUUCAUGGCAUGAGUUUUUCCCUCUGAGGUCUGGACAUCUUAGAUCAAUUCACUCCUCUACCUUCGCUGCCCCAUCCAUGCCAGACAGCCCAGGGCUGCUUGAGAAAGUCACACACACCUGUCACCACUGAGGUUAUUCUCCUAUCCCCAUGUCCUCCCCUGCUCAGCAAACCAGCCCACUCUCCAUCCAUUUUCAUUCUUCAAUUUCUGUUCCUAUAGCGUGUGUUCCUCUUCUUAUCCAGGGCUAUGUUCUGAGUCCGGUCCCCCUCUAUGCCCUCAAGCAACUCAAACUGGCAAUUAUUUAUAUCCUAUUGCUUCAAUUCUCUCCUUCUCUAAACUUUUCCCAUCAGAAUAUAAAUAUUUCAAGUAUUCGCCAUUAAAAUAUAUAUAUACAGCUUUACCCAACUUUAUGAACCUCCAGCUCUUUCUUUUCUUUGCAGCCAAGCUUUUUGUCCUCUCACUCAUUCCUCCUUCCAGUGCAUCCUGAAUUCCACUUGGAACUGUCCACCAGGAUUACCUUCCCAAGGACACAAAGGUCCUCCUUUUGGCCAAAUUGAACUGGUGCAUUCUAGUCCUUUUCUUGUUUGAUUUUUCUGAAGCAUUGACAUAGUUGACCACCACUUACAUCUUGAAACUCUGUAUGUCCUUAGCUUCUCUUAACUCCUCUUUUCAUUCCUUUUUUGCUUCCCUUCCUUGUGCCAGUCCCUUAAGUGUUAGUAUAUGCUAGGAUCUCAUCCUUGGACUCUAUUUAUUCAGGUCACUGUUCCUGGAAGAUAACUCUAUAGAUUCUCAAAUCUAUAUCUAUAGAUUUUGGAAGCCAUGGGGCCAACGUUACCACUUGGAUAUCCUGUAGGUAUUUAAAUUCAACAUGUCUGAAGCCAAACUUCUAUCUCACCCUUACCACAACCCAUCUCUAGGAAUAGAAAUUAUUGUCCAAGUCGCUCAAACCUGAAAACUUGGCAUUGACUUAGACUUAUUUUCCUCAUUCACUCUCCCUCAUUCAGUCAAUCCUUAAGAUAAUGCCAUUUCUACCCUUUAAAUGUAGCCUCUCCUUUAUUCAUUGUACUGCUGCCUUAGUUAAGGCACUCGAAAUUCCUCAUUACUGCACUGCUCCCAGUUGUCUUCCCAAAAUGUGGCUUCCCAUUCUUUCAAGGCCAACUCUUGAGCAUGACAUAUUGGUAUAUAAAGGCCUACAUGACUUGACAGUUGCCAAACUCUCCAGCCUGGUCUCUCAUGGGUUUUUCAUGUGGACUUAACUCUGGCCAUAGCAUCCUGCUGGAAAUUAUUUAAAAACACCAAAUUAUUUCACAAUUCCUUAUUUCAUAUGCUAUUAUUCCCUUUGCUACUUAUCUUUUAAGGCUUAGCACAGAGAGCGUCUUAACACAUAUUACUCAAGAGAUGUUAGCAAUCACUAUUGUUGUUUUUGUUGUCAUGUCUCCCUUUAGUAUCUAAGGCUGUUUGGUACUCCUCCUCUGCUUUCAUAGUAAACUUAAAACAUAGCCUUAAUCAUACUAUAUCAUAGUUGGCUACUUGUUUUUCUUGUCACCAAAUUCUGAAUUUUGGUGACAAUUCAGAAUUGGUGACAAUUUUGGUGAAUUAUUUGGUGAAUUUCACUUACAUUGCCUUCCUGGACCCUAAAAGCAUUUGGGCUUGUUAUUUCUGUUUAAAAUAACAAAGACCAUCAACAAAUUUCCAGUGAAAUUAUAGUUGUGGUGGGGAUGAUGAUGAUGAUGAUGAUGAUGAUGAUGAUAGCUACAUUUAUUGAACUCUAUGUCCUAGGCACUUGCUAAAUGUUUUUAAAUGUUUUCCAUUAUAAUCUUAUUAAUGAUUUCAUUUAAUGGGUAAGGAAACUAACACUGAGAGAGGUAAGUACCUUGGCCAAUUCAUAUAAGUUAUGAGUGGUAGAGCCAGGAUUUAAGCACAUAGAGUAGUAUUCCAGAGACCAAAAAAUAAAGAAAUCAUUAUCUAUAUCCUGAUACUAACCUUAUUCUUAUUACUUUAUGAGAAAGAGAGCCUGGAAAGUCAAUUCAAAAUAUUUGUUACAUGUCUACUUUAUGUUGGAUUGAAUUAGGUCUUUGAAUAAAACAGCUCUUCUUUGAACUUUAUCUCCUAGAAAGGGAAAUUAGAUAUGAACAUCCCUAAAUAACUAGGCAAAAUAUUAUAAAUGCUAAAACGUGCAACUGCUAUAAAAAUGGAAAGAGAGAAAGUUUAAACUGGUUGAGGAAAACUCAGGAAAGUCAUCUUGGAGAAGGCGGCAUUUGAUAUGUGCCUGAACAGUUGAGUCCUAAUGUGUGAAGAUGGCAGAGGACUGAAGAGUGCAUGAGAUUUGAAGGGUACUUGUAAGGAAUGGAACAACCGCCUCUUAUUACUCUGCUUUAUGGCAAACGAGUAAGAUGAAGGCAAGAGGCCUUCAUAGAGCUUUCUCCCUACAGAGAGGGGAAGAGUAUAGUCCCUCAUGACUCAGAAUCUCUUGGUUGCUGCCAUGCAGGCAUCUAUGGAAUCACAAAAGCGAGACCCAGGAAACUUUAAACUAACCUAUGCUUCCCGCCCAGAAUUCAGUCUAUUUCCAUAUUAGUGGGUGCCUUCUGUCCAUACCUAUUUCUGUGUGCAAUGUGUUGAGUCUUUUGAGUGGUGGCUUAACAGCCCAGGAGAGAAUUGAGCUAUACUGAGGCUUCAUAUAUGAACACAGUAUGGUUCUAUUCUUGAAAAGGUUGCCAGUGUCCUUUUCCAAAACUAUAGAGUUGUGCCGCUUCUGUCUAGAAAGCAGCUCAGUGAACUUGACCUUGACCCUUCUGCUGUAUGAACUUCUCAGAAGAUUGCAGAUACUUUUAUUCAAUAAGUCUAUUCCCCCUUUUUUUGUUUAGUCAAGUAGGUAACUAUUUUGUGGGUAUAUUUUCUUAGGGCAAAUUCCUAAUGAUAAUAGACAACCUGAAGUUGAUAGUGGCCAACUCUGUGACAUUGCUACUUGAUAAAUAUACCAAUCUUAGGAUCUCUUCUUUUUUUUAUGAGUACACAAAAAUCAUUUUGAAAUGCCUGACUUGCUAGUUUUUUGACGCCUUACAUAUGGAAUAUGCGUAAUAAAUUACAUUUGUGAUUUAGUAUAUGUGAUUCAGUAUAUACAUAUGCAAGUACGUAUGUGAUUGUAACCCUAUUUUUUAGUCCUACUCUCUGUCAAGAAUAAGAAGCUUAAAGGUCCCUAUAACCAACACAGAAUUCAAUGGCCUCUGUCGUGUAAGUAAUGCUGGCAGCUACAACAAGCAAUCCCAUCUCAGUGGCUUAACAAAACAAACAUUUAGUUCUUGCUCAUGUUAUAGGCCAGUGGGGAACAGUUUGUGGGAGGGGUUUGGGGAGGAAUAUUGUGCGCCAUGCAGGUAUUCAGGUAUCCAGACUUCUAUCUACUGACCUGGCUGUGCCCUAAGGUCUCAGAGCCUUGAAGUUCUCCACUGGAACCUCUGCAACUGGUUGCCCAGACAAGGAGAGAGAGAGAGAGAAAGAAAGAACAUGGAAAUUUACAAGAGAGGUUUCUGGAAGUACCAAACAUGACUUCUGCCCAAAUUCCAUUGGCUAGAACAAGUUACAUGUUACAUGGCCCUAACUAAGUGCAAGGGGAGCCAGGAAAUGUUGCCUUCCUAUGUAUCCAGAAGAAAAAUAAAAUGAUUUGUUGAA